AUGGCAAUUGAAGAGACCGAUCAAGAUGAAGGGGUUAUAACUACUGUAGAGGCACCAGGAGACUGUCAUAAACCCACAGAACCUAGUAGCCCAGAGCCUAAAUCAAAGACAACUCAAACCCUUGAUGGCUAUAAAGAAAAGGAAAACCACAACUCAUAUAAAUCAAAGUAUCUUCAAAAGUUGUCUGAAUGCAAGAAUCUUGAAAAGUCAUGUAAAGAGACUGAGAGGCAGAAAUUUGUUAGCAAAAAAGGUACUACACAGUAUGUUGUACAUUGUGAUAAUUUGGUGGUACUGUAUAUAUUGGGAAAUUAAAUGAUACAACCAAACUUUGCAUAAAACUAAUAUUGGGAAGCACUUUAAUUAAUGUUGCUAUAAAUUCUAAAAAGUCGACUCUGCAGAGGAGAGUGUCUGAAAAGUGUAGCAUCCCAUCCCAUAAAGCAGUUAGUGUAGUAUCCUACCCUAACAGGUAACCUUUUCGGAGUACAAAACAUACAUAUUAAUUCAUUGUUGUCUUUUAAAGAACAUUUUGAAAGAAACUGUGCCACUUGAUGAACCAGACGUUGAAGAAAACCAGGAAAGUAUGGAACAAACUAUGUGUGGUGAGCCACAAGAAAGUGAUACAGAGAUGGAGUGUGAUAGUGAUGUAGAAGAGAACUUGAAUUCAGACACUGAUGAUGAAGAUUUAUCUAGCUAA